AUGUCCAGCUCGUCGUCAGAUCCGUCCUCCCGUGGACAGGCUAAAGCAUCAUCGAGCCGCAUAUUGAACGGGAAGCAGCCAGUCGUUGAGGACGAUCACAGCGAUGAAGAGGUACUGCUUGCGGAUGACCCACUAGAACGAGAUCUACCUGAACAGCUGUCCUUCAAGCGCAAACCCAAGGCAUCCACAGCCUCCUUCGGCUUCUCGCGAUACCUCCCAUCUUCCCUCGGGUCAUCUAGCAACCGCGCCUCGCCCCAACCACAAUCGCACCGCCCAAAUGGCUCAACAGAGCUUAUACUCAAUUAUCUCGAUACACCUGGCAACGCAGGCGAACAUCUCCAAGACACCAAAGAUGCGAACGGACUAGACUGGUACGUCGAAGGGCCUGGGCGGCGAGUAGGAUACGAUGACCUCACCGCAAUUGAUUGGAUCUUCGAAUACGCGAAAGAACGGCAACGACUACGCUAUCUAUACACGGGUACCAGUGGUGUACUUGGCCAUAUCAAGCAGUUGGCGGAUGCAAGUCAGGUCUGGAUCAUUCUGGUUGCUGCCGGCAUAUUGAGCGGAGGUAUUGCAGCCUUUAUCGACGUGGCGAGUGAUUGGCUGGCAGAUCUCAAGACGGGUUAUUGUCAUAAUAUUGAUGGAGAUGGGCGGUUCUACCUGAACAAGAGCUUUUGUUGUUGGGGAAUCGAGGAAGAGCAGGCUUGUCAUGACUGGAAUUCUUGGGGUGCUGCCAUGGGAAUUGGCAGCGUGGGUGGAAGAUAUAUCGUCGAGUACAUCUUCUUCGUGCUCUUUUCGGUAUUUUUUGCUGCUUGCGCUAGCCUGCUGGUGCGCGAGUUUUCGCCCUACGCCAAACACAGCGGUAUACCUGAGAUCAAGACUGUUUUGGGCGGGUUCGUUAUUCGGCACUUUCUAGGUGGAUGGACUCUGGUCACGAAGACGAUUGGAUUGUGCCUCGCAGUCGCAUCAGGCUUGUGGCUGGGCAAGGAGGGUCCGCUGGUACACGUAGCAUGCUGUUCAGCGAACCUCUUCAUGAAGCUGUUUGGCAAUGUGAAUGGCAAUGAAGCACGAAAACGAGAAGUAUUUUCUGCAGCGGCUGCAGCAGGCAUCUCAGUUGCUUUUGGUGCACCCAUUGGAGGCGUGCUUUUCAGUCUCGAACAACUGUCGUACUAUUUCCCGGACAAAACCAUGUGGAGCAGCUUUGUAUGUGCAAUGGUCGCUGCUGUCACUUUGCAAGCCUGUAACCCGUUCCACACUGGGAAACUCGUGUUGUACCAAGUCACGUACCGUAACGGGUGGCAUGACUUCGAGCUGGUACCUUUUGCAUUCCUCGGAAUCCUGGGUGGACUCUUUGGGGGUUUCUUCAUCAAGCUCAACAUGGGCAUUGCUGAAUGGCGCAAGAAUCGACAGUAUUUGAAAGGUCCGGUGAAAGAGGUGGUCAUCGUAUCUUUCAUCACGGCGCUUAUCAACUUUCCCAUCAAGUUCAUGCGCGCUCAAGCGUCCGAGCUUGUGCACAUUCUGUUUGCCGAAUGCGCAGACCUCAACGAGGAUACACUUGGGCUAUGCAAAUCUGGCAAAGCGAACACGGGAGUUAUCGCACUCUUGCUUAUCUCUUCUGGAUUGGGUAUAAUACUCUCAGGCUUCACAUUUGGCCUGCAGAUUCCUGCUGGCAUUAUCCUCCCAUCUAUGGCCAUUGGGGGUUUAUUUGGACGUGCUGUCGGACUUUCUGUUCAAGUAGUCCAGGCGGCGUGGCCAGUCCUCUUCGUCUUUAAAUCCUGCGAACCAGACGUACCCUGUGUAACUCCAGGAACGUAUGCUAUCGUUGGUGCCGCAUCAGCGCUUGCCGGAACGACACGUAUGACCGUAUCGAUCGUGGUCAUCAUGUUCGAACUUACUGGAGCGCUCACUUACGUCCUUCCUAUCAUGAUCGCGGUCAUGAUCAGUAAGUGGAUUGGCGAUGCAAUCUCCCCACGUGGUAUCUACGAGUCCUGGAUACACUUCCAAGGCUAUCCUUUUCUUGACAACCGCGAAGACAACGGUUCUAGCAUUCCUGACGUUGGCGCAAGUCAUGUUAUGACACGGAUUGAGGACUUAACCGCGAUAACAGCGACCGGUCAUACUAUCGGGUCGCUGCGCCAGCUUCUAUCUCAACAUAGAUUCCGUGGGUUUCCUGUUAUAGAUAACAGUCGCGAUGCUCUUCUACUUGGCUACAUCUCCAGAACCGAAUUGCAAUACGCACUUCAACUUGCUUUGACGCCUCCCCGAAACUUGGCCGCCGAGACAGAAGCGUACUUUUCUCAUCAACCCCUCUCCGAUCCUGCAACAUCACUCGAUCUCCGACCCUGGAUGGACCAAACACCAAUCACCCUCAACGUGAAAGCUAGUUUCCAGCUUACGGUAUCCAUGUUUCAAAAACUUGGUUUACGCUAUGUUUUGUUUACAGAUCGAGGUAUGCUGAAAGGCCUGCUCACCAAGAAAGACGUUUGGUAUGUGAUGAAUGGGAUGGAGGAAGAGCGCGAAGAAGGCGGUGCAGGCGUUGGUGUCGGUAGAGGGGGACUUAGAGAAGAGGGUGACGAUGACGAAGAGAAUGAGGAGAGAGGAUUACUCGGUACACCAGAGGAGGAACGGGAUGACUUCGUCGGCGCGCACGAUAGAUAA